UAUUAGGUGAGGCAAAUGCAAACGGUACAGUAAGGAAGAGAAAAGGAGGACAAACCUGAAAGAAUUGCAAUGUAUAAAAGAGGAACAAAAUCUGUUUGCUUUUUGCUUCUGGCACUUCUUUGGGACAGUGGUUACGUCUUAACUAUGAAGAGAGGCGAUACUGCAGCCCAUGUGAAUCUCACGGCAUUUCAUCGUCUACCUAACAAAUGUAACGUGGAUGGCUUUAAUGAUGAUUGGUUCAAAGUGGACAAGUACUGCGUCAAAUACUUCAGUACACCUCUAAACUUCACUGACGCAGAGUACAGCUGUAGAAAAAUAGCCCCUGGAGGACACCUGGUGUCAGUGCACAAUGCCAAGGCUAAUGAAGAGUUGUUCUUCAUUGUGGACUCAACACAGUUGCGCAUCUGGCUCGGGGGAUAUGAAUUAUUUCAGUCUGGUAAAUUUUUUUGGACGGAUGGUAGCUUCUGGGACUAUGAUGCUUGGACACCCGGCGAGCCCAGACACAUCUACUCCAACAGAGAAGAAUGCGUGGAGAUGAACUGGAAUGGAUCUGGCAAAUGGAAUGAUGACUCUUGUAUCAACAAAAAAGGCUACAUAUGUGCCUUCAAACGCAAGCGCAUCAUGGAUGAGUAGACUGAGAUGAUUUAUCAACCCAUAAAACAUUCAGCGUAAAUGUUUUCUCCUCUGCAUCAAAAAAAAAAAAAAAAAAAACAUUUCUUCAAAUCAAACUUAAAAAUCAUAAUAAAGACUUAUU